AUGUUUGUGGAGACGCGCGUGAAGCAGGAACCAGGGUGCGAGAGCGGCGCCAGGAAAGAGACGAAAGAUUUACUCACGGACCAAGUGCAAGUGAAGUCGGAGACAGAGUUUCAACAAGAGAAGGUGGAAUGUAUCAAAGAAGAGCCCUGUUCCGACAGCGCGGCGGCGUGCGCCGGCCUGUAUGCCGACCACGAGGUGAAGGACGAGCUUGUGCUGGGGCCGGAGUGCACGCACCAACCGAUUUGCAGUUGGGCGGUAACCGAUGCCGACGGUUGCGUACUAGACCCGGGGCGCACGCAGCAACAGCCAACACUGAGGGAAUGCUCCGUUAGGCUUCAGCGAGACAGUCAAAGCUACGAGCAAAUAGACAGUGAUUCUGAUAGUAAAGAUAACUGUAUCACGCACACGAGUAACAGCCAAAACACUAACAGUGAGAACAAAAGCUGCGGACAAAAUACCGACAGUGAGAUCAGCAUAGCUGACAGUGACCCUGAUAGUAAAGAUAACUGUAUCACGCACACGAGCAACAGCCAAAAGACUAACAGUAAGAACAAAAGCUACGACGAAAAUACCGACAGUGAGAUCAGUGUAGCUGACAGCGACUCUGAUAGUAAAGAUAACUGUUUCACGCACACGAGCAACAGCCAAAAGACUAACAGUAACAAGAAAAGCUACGGGCAAAAUACUGACAGUGAGAAUAGCGCAUUUGGCAGUGAUAGUAAGGAUGCUGACUACUUUACACACAAACCGAGCAACAAGCAAAAGACAGACAGUGAAACCAAUCCUAGCUGCGAGCAAAAUACUAACAGUGAGAACAGCGCAACUGACACCAGAUGUAUCGAAGAAGUUACACAUGACUGUAAGAAAGAUAUCUGUAAUACUACACUAAGGGACUGUUUUGUGAGGCUUAAACGCAUCUCAUUCGAGCCAUUCGCGAAUAAAAGGGGUCAGUUUGAGAACACAAGCGCUCACAGAGACGACAAAGAAUUCUGUAAUAUAUGUGGCGAGCGGUUUACGCUGAAGUCGGAUUUGGUGAAACAUUUAAAGGUACAUAUGCCUACGAGAACGGAGCAGGAAGUGGAGUGCUGUGAAAUCAACGAAAAAAACUUGGUAAUGGCUUCCGACGAGGAUUUGUCUAAACGGACGCUCGAGCCGCUCUGCGCACCACAGCUACGCUUGCGGGACUGCUGGGUACAACUCGAGCGCAUCCGACUCCAACCAGCCAACAACCAGGGAGACCACACGGACAGAGAUUCUGCUGAUGACUCUGAUGAUAUACACGUUAAAUGUAAAGAUAAUUGUGGUGAAAGUUUUGCGCUAAAAUCUGAUUUGAAGAAACAUAUAAUUCAUUCCUACAUGCCUAGAAGUGCUGAGGGAAUGGUAAAAAAUAACGUUUGGCCUGUUUCACAUGACCAAUCACAAGCAAAUGAUGCUAGAGCAACUUUGCGGAAAAAUAAUACUAACACAGUUCACAAUGAGGCAGGUACAUAUGUUUGUGACAUUUGUGGUGAAACAUUUCAGCAGAAACAUUACUUGAUACGCCAUAUUACACUACACUCACUAAAUACAUCUGAAAUGACGUCAAAAAUGAAUCAAAAUCAUGUUGGAAAAGAGAGACCAUAUAUAUGCGAUAUAUGUGGGAAUAAAUUUACACAAAAAGUACACUUGGUUACACACAUGCGAAGUCACACCGGCGAAAAGCCAUAUAAAUGCCAAAUCUGUAAUAAGCGGUUUAUGCAAUCGUCUGGUUUGAUUAGCCAUAAACGAACGCACACUGGCGAAAGACCGUAUUCGUGCGAAAUUUGUGACCAGACAUUUACAUAUCCGAGUAGUUUGAAAUGUCAUAAACUAGUACAUAGUGGUGAGAAACCAUAUUCGUGCAAAAUAUGUAAAAAGAGCUACACUGGAGCGACUGCUUUAAGGAACCAUAGUCUUACACAUACAGGAGUGCUUUUUCCCUGUGAAAUAUGCGAUAAGAUGUUUAAGGGAGCUGGUAAUUUGAAAUCACAUCUACUUAUCCAUGAGGGAGCUAAGCCGUACUCUUGCGAUGUUUGUCAAAAAGACUUCAGACAAUCUGGUACUUUGAGAUUACAUCAACGAAUUCAUAAGGCUGAAAGACCUUAUUCAUGCGAUAUUUGUAAAACGACGUUCAAACUUUUGCGAUCUUUAAAGAUGCAUAAACAAAGUCACUCAGGAGAGAGGCUGUACUCAUGCGAUAUAUGUCAAAAUAAGUUCGCAAGAGCAGACACUUUGAACAACCAUAUGCGCAUACACACAGGGGAGAAGCCUUAUUCAUGCGAAAUUUGUAAAAAAGAGUUCACGCAAAUGGGUCAUUUACAAGCGCACAGGCAUGUUCAUUCGACAAUAAAAGCAUACUCUUGCGACAUAUGUCAAAAAAAGUUUAAGACUUCAAGUAACUUAAGGGUUCAUAAAACGGUUCACUCUGAAGUUGAGCUGUACCAUGUCUGCGAAGUAUGCAAUAAGAAAUUUAAAACAUCUGGCGGUUUAAAAAGUCACCAAAAAAUUCACUUGGAAGUGAGGCUGUUCUCCUGCGACAUAUGCCAAAAGCGGUUUAGGAGAUCGUGUCAUUUAGAGAUUCAUAAACGAAUGCACACCGGCGAGAAACCUUAUUCCUGUGAUAUUUGCAAUAUGAAAUUCGCGCAGUCGAGUAAUUUACGUACACAUAAGCGAAAUGUCCACAUAAAACCGUUCUCAUGCGAAAUGUGUGAUAAAAAAUUUAAAGAAAUGCAUGGUUUAGAGCACCAUAAAGGGCGUUUUCACGCCGAAGAUAAACAAUACUCUUGUGAAAUAUGUAAAUAUACGUUUUUGCGAUCGGAACAUCUUAAAAGACACCAACUAAUCCAUUUAGAAACGAAGCCUUUUUCCUGUAAAAUAUGUAAAAAACAGUUCAUCCGAUCAGACGGUUUGAAAAAACAUAAACUAUCACACAGGUGA